CACGCUGCUUCUCUGUACCGGAACCCCCGGGACCGGCUAUUGCUUGCAGUAGGUACACUUGAGGAAUUACUCUGACAAGAUUUUUUUCAUUGUCCAGCACUGCGUCACUUCUCAGAUUCUCACAUUUGGCUGCUGCCAAACUGAACAUAAAAUAUUAUAAUAUCUGAAUGGCGCGCUCGAAUCAGCCUGGCAGCUCCAGAUCUUAUCGGGCUAACAGCGGUAUAAGCAACCAUGCAAUGCGAGUGUUAAUGAACGAAUACCAAAACUUGCAGAAGGAACCAAUGGAAGGCUUUAAGGUCAAGCUGGGAAAAGAUGACAAUAUUUGUGAAUGGGAGGUCACGAUUUUUGGUCCGCCAGAUACGAUAUAUGCAGGAGGCUAUUUUCGAGCAUUGAUGAAGUUCCCACCUGAGUAUCCAUUUCAGCCUCCGACAGUUCGGUUUUUUAACUGCUUAUGGCAUCCGAACAUAUAUAAGAAUGGAACAGUGUGUAUCAGCAUUCUGCAUCCACCGACAGACGAUCCGCAUUCAGGAGAGCUGCCAUGUGAACGCUGGAACCCAACCCAAAACGCUCAUUCUGUCCUGAUGUCAGUCAUAUCGUUACUUAAUGAGCCUAAUAUCAAUAGCGCCGCCAAUGUCGAAGCGUCUGUUACGUAUCGGAGAUGGAAAGAAAAUGGCGACCCAGAAUAUGUGCACCGUGUUAAAGAGAAUGUUGAAUCUUCGAGGAUCGAAGCAGUUAGAGAUGGAGUUCGAAUUCCCACAACAAUAGAAGACUAUUGCAUGAAGAAGUCCGACAGCAUUACUGAAGCUAUCAGCAACAAAGGGUCAGCCGGCGAUAGUGAAAUUUCCUACUCGGAUCUCGGAGAUAUAGACGAAAACAGCAUUUAUACUUUUAGUGACGAUGAGGAGCCAACUGGUUUAUAAAAAGAAGUUAUGCCAUCUGUUUUAUAGGACUUGAAAUGAUUGGACUGUGAACUCAAAUGAAAAAAUAAUAAUUCUAUUUAAAUGUGGUUUAGGAAUAUUUCCAACUGUCCUUCGUUGUUACGUACUGCAGCUGCGCUAUCUUGACCUGAAUAGCUGCGUAGUCGUCUGCCGGUUGUCGAUUUUACCUGUCUUUCUAUUUUGAGAUAAACCGUUGGACAGCAUUAAAUCGUUGUCUUCCACA